CUGCAGCCAGGACAGCAACCUCCCCACCCUCAUAUCCAGCAUACAUCGAAGCCGCCACCUCGUUAUGCCCGAGCAUCCAAGCCGCUGUGACUUCACGAGAGGCAGUGUGGAGAUUGGCCUGAGACCCACAGGUGACCUGUUGGGCAAGAGGCUGGGCUGCUCUCCCCACAUCACCAGCGACUGUUCUUCAGAGAAGAAGGCCCGAAGCGAGUCCCCCCAAGAGACUCUGCUGCUUCCAGAGUUCGGGCCCACUAUGGCUCCCGAAGACCACUACCACCGGCUCAUGUCAGCCUUGAGUGAGGCUGGCCCCUUUGAGGACCCCCAGCGUCUCUACCACCUGGGCCUCCCCAGCCAUGAUCUCCUGAGGGUCCGGCAGGAGGUGGCAGCUGCAGCUUUGAGGAGCCCCAGUAGCCUGGAAGUCCACCUGCCCUCAGCCACAGUAGGUCAGCGCCGGAAACAGGGCCUGGCUCAGCACCGGGAAGGCACGGUUCCAUCUGCUGCCCCGUCCUUCUCCGAGAGGGAGCUGUCUCAGCCGCCCCCCUUGCUGUCGCCCCAGAAUGUCCCCCACGUCGCCCUGGGCCCCCAUAUCAGGCCCCCUUUUUUGGGGGUGCCCUCGGCUCUGUGCCAGACCCCAGGCUACGGAUUCCUACCCCCCGCCCAGGCAGAGAUGCUUGUCCGACAGCAGGAGCUCCUUCGGAAGCAGAGCCUGGCCCGGCUGGAAAUGUCGGCAGAGCUCCUUCGGCAGAAAGAACUGGACAGCGUUCAACGACCGCAGCUGCUGGUGCCAGAGACGGCCCUUCGGGCUCCUGAGGGUGCCGACGAGCUGCAGCGGCGCGGGGCCAUGUUGGUGUUGAAACACAGCGCGGCUCCGCUGCUGGCCCUGCCCCCACAGGGCCCCCUAGGCCCGGGUCCCCCGACCCCACCCCCACCCCGGGAGCCUGCUUGCCGUGCACCCCGUAAGGGGGGCCUGGGCUGUGCUUCACCCCGGUCUAGCGAGCCCAAGGAGACGGAGACGACAGGAGCUGGGCUCUGGGCUCAAGAUGGCUCCGAAGAAGACCCCUCCAAGGACUCAGAAGGAGAAGACCCAGAGAUGGCCGCUCCUGCGAGCAGGGGCGCUAAUCCUGGCCAAGUCCCAGCUGGAGGAACCAGCGUGGAGGGCAAAGGGCUUCUCUCAGGACCCACGCUGCCCCCUCCAUUGCCCCUGGGUUUCCCCUACUCAGCCAGCCCCUACUUUCACACAGGUGCCAUGGCAGGGCUUAUGGCUGAUGGGGAGGCCACACCCCCUGAGGAUAUCAGCAAGUGGACAGUGGAGGAUGUCUGCAGCUUCGUGGGGGGCCUGUCUGGCUGUGGAGAGUAUGCUCCGGUGUUCAGAGAACAAGGGAUCGAUGGAGAGACCUUGCCUCUGUUGACAGAGGAGCACCUGCUGACCACCAUGGGGCUGAAGCUGGGGCCUGCCCUCAAGAUCCGUGCCCAAGUGGCCAAGCGCCUCGGUCGCAUCUUCUACAUGGCCAACUUCCCUGUGGCCCUGCCGCUACAGCCAAGCCUUCAAGCCCCUGAGCAGCUGAGCCCAGGACAGCAACCCCUGUCCCCAGCAACAGCCACCUCCCCCUAUGAAGGGGCCCUACUCCCUCCACGUCGAGCCUCACCAAAGCAGGAGAACGGAACAGAGACAGUGGCUCUGCUCCCAGGGGCUCCAGAACCCUCCCAGCCUCUGUGCUGAGCUUAAGGGUGCCCAUGCAACAGUCCCACCCCUAUAGGGCUUUUUUU